GCAACAUGAUAGAAGUCUGAGUUUGGAGUUAAAUGUUUGACAAACCAAUUCAGGCUAGAGUUGCUUUGAAAUUACACUGACCCGAGUUGUUUGUUUGUUUGUUAUGUUUACGCAAAAAAACAGGGCAAACUAAGUGUUUGUUAAAAGAAGUCAACCCUUCUUUUAUUAAACUUACGGUAUUCCCACACUUAUGGUGCUGGUAAGGGCUGCAUGUAUUCUUCUUUCCCGAAGCAGAACUCUCUCAACUAUGGCACAGCACAAAUUCAUCGAUAUUGGCGUGAAUCUGACGGAUCCAAUGUUCCGAGGACUCUACAGAGACAAGCGGAAACACGACGAUGACUUCGAUGACAUCAUCGACAGAGCUGUCAAAGCUGGCGUUGAAAAGUUCAUGAUCACGGGAGGAAGCCUACAGGACAGCAAGGAGGCCCUCAAACUGGCUGAGACUAGAAACAACUUCUACUGCACCGCCGGCUGCCAUCCGACCCGCUGCGGCGAGUUCGAAGACGGCGUAGCCUCGGAGUACCUCUCAGAGCUGAAGCGUCUGGCGAUGGAGCACCGAGGAAAAGUGGUCGCCAUCGGAGAAUGCGGACUAGAUUUUGACAGGUUAGAAUUCUGCCCCAAAGAGACUCAGCUCAAGUACUUUGAGAAGCAGUUUGAGCUGGCGGAGGAGACCAAGCUGCCCAUGUUCCUCCACUGUCGCAACGCACAUCGGGACUUUGUGGACAUCAUGAGGAGGAAUCGAGACAGAUGCGUGGGGGGCGUGGUUCACUCGUUCGAUGGGACCAAAAAGGAUGCCGCUGCCCUCAUCGACCUGGACCUCUAUAUCGGAAUAAACGGAUGUUCCUUGAAAAGUGAGGCCAACAUUGAAGCCAUGAAGUCCAUUCCCACCGAGAGACUCAUGAUAGAAACUGAUGCUCCAUGGUGUGGCGUGAAGAACACGCACGCGGGCGCCAAAUACAUCAAAACAACUUUGCCGACUAAGAAGAAAUGGGAGGCGGGGCACUGCCUGAAGGACAGGAACGAGCCGUGUCACAUCAUGUUCUGGAGGUCAUGGCGGCAGCCAGGGAGGAAGACCCUGCAGAACUUUCCAGCGCCAUCUACAACAACACCAUCCAAGUGUUCUUCUCAUCCACUUGAUGACGCCAAAGCUCCGAUGGACUUUGGGAGGCGAGCCGUGUGCUGGCGUGAUGGACAAAGCAAGAAAGUGAAGCGUUUUAAUGCAUAUGCAUUUAUUUCAAUAAAUAUCGUCUUAAAUUCAAAUGCAUUUCACUGCAAAGAGACACAGGAAAACACGGCAACAGGAGUUUUUGUCUUGAAAAGUCCACAGAGCUUCUUCAGUGCAGUCCGGUCACUCAGAGGUGGAACUGGAUUGGGGGUCCGGUUGGCUAGUUGAUGAUGAUGACAUAAUGUUUGCGGCGGCUCCUAACACCCAUGUCUGUGGAAGAUGCUGUGGGGAAUCAUCAAUGUCCUGUUCUAGAAGUUCUUGUCUAUUCACAUUUGGACCGCAGUAUCCAUUUGAACCGCAACCGAGAAGGAGAAAUGAGUCUCUGAAGGAUUUCCUAGGCCACGGAAGACCAAAGAGGGGUUGGACGUGGUCUAGGACAGAGUGAUUCCAAUUCCAAAGCCAAACACGGCACACAGCGUCAUGGCCAAGGGGAAGGAGAUCCCCCAGCACGUAUCACGAAUCUUCCUCCGCGUGCACGAGCUUGUCCCCACCGUGGCCCUGGGCGGCACGUUGGCCUGCUCCGCCACCAUCUUCAUCCUAUCGGAGAGCGUGCACAGGUUCAUUUUGACGUCCUCCCACUCCUGCCGCAGCGUGGCCAUGCCCUGGGCCUCUUGGCGGAGCCUCCUCGACUCUUGGCGGAAGACCUUUAUUUCUCUUUGAAUCACGUUGUUGACUUCCUGGCGCAGGGUCUCCAGGUCCCUUUGUGUCUGCUCCCUGAUCUCCAGGCGGAGAGCCUCCAUGUCCUGCGGGUUCAUUCCCAAGUUUUUCUGCACCUCUUGGCGGAGAUUCCUGGCUUCUUGGCGGACCACCUUGGCUUCUCGAUGCGUCUGGGUCACAGCAUUCACCACGUCCUGGCGGAGAGCCUCGAUGUCCCUCUGGGUCUGAGCGUUGAUAUCCUGCACGUUUUGGCGGAGGGCGCUGAAUUCUGCCAUGGCCUCAACCUUCAUCGUGGCUUCCAUCCUUCUUCUCUGCGACAACUCUAGAAGAAACCCUGCGUGUUUUCUGUGUGUGAGCACAUCUUAGCUCCUUCAGCCUGUAGUUGAGAGGCAGGCAAAGUCCACGACCAAAGGCGAAACACAUGAUGAGCCGCUGUGUGAUGUCAUGUCACAGACCUGUUGUCAUGGCGACCACAGCUCUGGCUCACUAGUAGCAUAGUAACAUGCAUGUAAUGAGAUGGUAUCCCCCCCUUUU